GGUUUUUUAUCCACGACCCAAGAACGCGGUUUCACGGAGUGAGCCAAAGUACAGUUUCUCUGGUUCAAACGCUGCUUCUUUUCUUCUUCAGGAGUUCCUUCUUGGAGUCUGGUCUCCUAAUCCAAAAAGAGAACAAGUUGAUACAAGAAUGAGGGCGAUAACCCGCAAUCUGAAGCAUAGGUAUGGAGGUGUUUUUGCUUCUGGGGUUUACAUAUCCGUGGCUGGAUUGGUGGCAGUUGCUGGUUUUGUCCUUUCUAUGAUAAGAGAUGGUAAAUUGGGUAGUAAGAGAAAGAAAACUUCAGAGAAGUUGUGCUUAGUUCCUGGGUUGCAAAAUCUGGGAAACAAUUGUUUCUUGAAUGUCAUAUUGCAGGCUCUUGCUAGUUGUUCCUAUUUCCAGUCUUUUCUCCAGAAGAUUAUGGAGGAAUAUGAGACGUUGCUGGUUGAGGAACAGGGAGAAAGCUUGCCUCUUGCAUUUGCCUUGGCUGCUUUGUUGGAAGAAUUAGGGGUAGUUGCUGACCGAAGAGUUGUACUGAGCCCACAUAAAGUGAUGCUUGCAUUGACACUUUAUAUUCAAAAUUUCAAUUUAACCAGCCAGCAGGAUGCAGAUGAAGCAUUUUUUCAUCUUUGGUCCUCUUUAAGAGGAGAAUUUUCAGAUGCCUAUCCUUCAAAUCAAAGUACCUUAGCAGAUGUGUUGGCUUCCUCUACUUGUAGAAUUCUCACUUAUUGGAGGGAGGGUCAGAGUGAGCAGGAAAGAUGGCAACAACAUUUACUAGGGCCAUUUGAUGGCAUUAUUUCUAGCAUUUUAAUUUGUCAGACCUGUUCAUCUCAGAUUUCAUUGGAGUAUCAAUUUUUUCAUAGCUUGCCUCUUUCUCCGGUGCUAAAUAGUUGUUCUACCAUUAUGGCUGGAUGUACCUUGGAGGACUGCCUGAAGCAGUUUGUUAUUGCAGAAAAAAUUGAGAACUACUUCUGUAGCCACUGUUGGCACAUUGCUGCAAUAAAGUAUUUUUCUUUAAUAGGAGUAAAUGAGGUGGAGAUUGAGAGACUUAAGAGAUGUGGCGAAGAAGAUUCCUGUGACUGUCGAAAUCUUCCAACUCUUGCUACACUGCCUUGGUCAAAUAAUUUUUCUAACACUAGAAAGCAGCUGAGUAUUGCUCGUUGUCCAAAGAUACUGUGCAUUCAUCUGAAGCGUGUAUCAAUGAGUAUGUUUGGGGAACCAAUCAAGCUUCAGGGUCAUAUUAUUUUUCCAUUGAUCUUAGACCUGUCACCUUUCAUGGCCAGUUUGGUAAAUGUAAAUAAAUUGGAAGGAGCACAAAGAGGGCAAGUGAAGCUGCAAGAUCAAAAUACAGGCCCUUAUCUUAACCACCUUAAUGUUCAAUAUAAUACGAUGAUAAAUGUUCGUGGAUCUAUGAGAGAGAAUACUUCUAAAAUAUCAGCCGUGGAUGAAAUCAGAUGCACUUCUUCCAUAGAGUCUUCUACAGGCAAAUCGAACAUGGCUCAAACUGGUUGUUCUUCUGAGACCAAAAAUAUUGAUAUGCAACAACAAAAUGAUAAGGUAAGCCUGGCUCACAGGGUAGCCCCCUCAGAAACACAACUGUACCGACUUGUUUCAGUAGUAGAGCACUUUGGAAGAGCUGGAAGUGGGCAUUACACUGUUUACAGAAGCGCGAAAGUUAACUUUGACAUGGAAGAUUCUAAUGCAAACUUCGAGCCUGAUCCUCUACGCUGGUUCUGCAUUUCAGAUUCUGAAGUAUAUAGUGUUUCAGAUAAUGAUGUUCUCGCUGCUGAUGCUAGCUUGCUUUUCUAUGAGAGAAUAUAGAAGGCCACAAAUGUGUCUUCUCCUAUUGUUGUCAUUUCAUAUAUGUGAAACUAGUUCUAGCGUUAUGAUUUUGAAUUUUAGAGAUCAGUCACAGAUCAUGCAUAGAAAUGAAUGUAGCCAUAUUUAUUUCAUGAAAGUUUGGGGAAAGAAAUGUUACUCUGAAAAUGUUAUGAAUCCAUCCUAUGUAAACAUUUAAACUUUAAGGCAGCCAUUGAGCUGCUAAAGCAAAAAUGAAAAAAACACUUGGGU